AUGCGGGCGGCCCUCUCGCCGAACCUGACACCUUCAAGAUGGAUUCGUCUUAGACUUAGUCAUUCUCCAACCGCACCACUGCCCGCAUACCAUGCAUCCAGAUCCCUGACCAGUGUGCGCUCCUCCCAUGCUUCAUGGAAGCUCCAAGACUUGUCGCGAGUCUCGCAAGACACCACUCCACUGGUGUUCCAUUCGACCUCGGACAAUCCGUACCACAAUCUUGCCCUGGAGCACUACUUGCUGACGCAUUUGCACUCGGAUUCACGCGUUCUAUUGUUCUACACGAAUCGACCAUGCGUGGUCAUUGGACGGAACCAGAACCCAUGGCUAGAGACGGAUCUCCGGCGACUGAGGGAGGGCCUACUUGCUCCCCAAGAAGAGGCGGAAAGAGAAGAGGCAGCUAGUGAAACAAUGGGUUCUCAGCACCACGGUUUGCCAACGACGGAUACUACAAGGCCUCACUCGACAGCGAUCAGCCUGGUCCGCCGUCGUAGCGGAGGUGGAACAGUCUUCCAUGACUCGGGCAACCUGAACUACUCGGUGAUAGUCCCCAAUUCGAAAUCGUUCAAGCGGAGCACGCACGCCGAGAUGGUCGUGCGGGCUCUCUCGUCUGCGAAGCUCAAACUGCAACUCACCACCGUGUUUCCGCAUUACGAAGGGCUCGAGGUCAAGGUCAACGACCGUAACGACAUUGUCAUGCGUCACCAAAACGAUGAUCCAUCUCAGUGGUUGAAAGUGAGCGGUAGCGCAUAUAAGCUCACGCGAGGCCGGGCAUUGCAUCACGGCACCUUGCUCUACUCCAGCCCUUACAUCGACAAGAUCUCGGAGCUGCUACGUAGUCCAGGGCGAGAUUUCAUUCACGCCAAAGGUGUGGAAAGUGUGCGCAGCAAAGUUGCAAAUCUGGUGUGGACACCCGAUAUUCGGCAGCGACAUGAAGUAAGGACACAGAUUACCGAAGCCAUCAUCGACGAGUUCUGGAAUAUGUAUGGCGCUGGCCAGACCCGUCAGCCGGGCAUGAACGAGAUCACGAUCGGCCAUCUCGACUGUGCCGCCGACCGGAACCCCGAGGUCGCAGCCGGCGUGGCAGAGCUUAUGUCGGACGCAUGGCGCUUCGAACAGACUCCACGCUUCGAUUUCUCGAGUGGCGUGCUGGACGGGAUGAGUGUGGGCUUCCAGGCCAGCCAUGGCGUCUUGGAGCACCUGACGCUAAAGCGUUCAGACGGCGCACUGCUCGUGCAAAAGCAGAACGAUGAUUUCGGACAAGCCGUCAAAUUGAGCGAUGUCAAGAGUUGGAGGGACCUAGUUCAGUCAGGGCAGGGGCCCGGGGACAGUCGAGAUCAAAGUCCAGCGGUUAGACCUGCGGCGUCAAUCGCGCCCAGAAACAUCAACGUCCCAGACUCGCUGAUCCGGAUGGUUGAGGCUAUCUUCCCCCGAUGGCGCACUUAG